GACACCACUGAGCCAACAGCAUACCACUGAGCCUGUUUCAUUGCAUCCUGCAGCAUCUUGAAAGUAGCGCUAAGAGCCAGAAUGGAGUAUCACCAUGCUUCAGAGAUGAACGGAGCAGUUGAAGACUACCUGAAAAUGUCCAAACACAAUGGUUGGAGCAGAGAUGAGAAGGAGUCCAAGAAUGCUGCAGAUGAGGACAAGCUGCCUCACAUUGAGAAAGCCUAUACCACCAUACUGAGUGAGCUUGGAGAGGACGUGGACCGGGAAGGACUUCUACGUACACCACUACGUGCAGCUAAAGCCAUGCAGUUCCUCAUUAAAGGUUACAAAGAAACCGUCCAAGAUAUCUUGAACGAAGCCAUCUUUGAUGAAAACCAUGAAGAGAUGGUGAUUGUCAAGGACAUUGAUUUGUUCUCUCUCUGUGAACAUCACCUGGUGCCCUUCUUUGGCAAGGCUCAUAUAGCAUACCUCCCAAACAAGAAAGUUGUUGGACUUAGCAAGCUUGCAAGAAUUGUUGAGAUCUACAGCAGGCGGCUUCAAGUUCAGGAGCGUCUAACCAAACAGAUUGCUUCAGCCAUCUCUGAGGCGCUGGAGGCCUCUGGAGUGGCAGUGGUGAUUGAGGCCGUCCACAUGUGUAUGGUGAUGAGAGGUGUGCAGAAGAUGAACGCCAGUACUGUUACAAGUGUCAUGCUGGGAACAUUUCAUGAUGAUCCUAAGACCAGGGAGGAGUUCCUUUCCCUCAUAAUGAGGAAGUGAAAAUAUUCUAUAUUCAGUUCAACUGAGGAAAUCGCUACAACAAGCAACAACUUGUUUACUGCCAAAUUGCUGUCUUUCAUGGCAUUGGUGGAGAGUCUUCUCAAGCUGAUAUUUUUGUAUGUAUUUAUGUUAUUUAUGUUACCUAGCUUGAAUGUCACACACAGGGAAGGUCUCACCAAACAGACAUUGAAUGUGAAAUCACAUGGUCGUGAUUUGCAUUUGCAUUUAAUUGAUGCAAUGGUGCUUCAAUUACAACUUCCAAUGCUAAUGUACAAUGAAAAUA